AUUUUGAAAUAAUGGUACGCUCUAGUCCAAGUUGAAGUUGAAAUUUCAAGGGCAGGCUGUAAUGGAGAGAGCUUAGGUUUGUGAAGUGCAUGUGUCGCUGUUUGACGGACUACUAGAGCAUGCUGUGCAGAGUCGGAUAUGUCCGCAGGUGCGCUGCCACCUUGAACCCCAUCUUGGGUGCUGUGGCCUCCAGACAGAAGCACACACUGCCUGACCUCCCAUAUGAUUAUGGUGCACUUGAGCCUCACAUCUGUGCUGAGAUUAUGCAGCUUCACCACAGCAAGCACCAUGCAACAUAUGUCAACAACCUCAAUGUCACUGAGGAAAAAUAUCAAGAGGCACUGGCCAAGGGUGAUGUGACAACUCAAGUCUCCCUUCAGCCUGCACUGAAAUUUAACGGUGGUGGCCAUAUUAAUCAUACCAUAUUCUGGACAAAUCUGUCACCCAACGGUGGAGGAGAACCACAGGGUGAGCUGUUAGAAGCCAUUAAGCGUGACUUUGGCUCAUUUCAGAAGAUGAAGGAGAAGAUGUCAGCUGCCACAGUGGCCGUUCAGGGCUCAGGAUGGGGCUGGCUGGGCCUUGAUAAGGACAGUGGAAAACUGAGGAUUGCUGCUUGUGGGAACCAAGACCCUUUGCAGGGCACUACAGGUCUCGUCCCACUACUCGGGAUAGAUGUCUGGGAGCAUGCAUACUAUCUCCAGUACAAGAAUGUUAGACCGGACUAUGUUAAGGCCAUCUGGAAUGUUGUGAACUGGGAGAAUGUCAGCGAGCGUCUCCAAGCUGCCAAGAAAUAAAUUGCACCACACUUGGGGAGGAAAAAAGGAACACAGUGUCAGUUUAGACCUUCGAAGCGCACAAAUAAUCAGACCACAUUACAACCACCAAACCUAACUGAGUAUGGUUCUUGACACGUUCAUUUUCCAUGCAGAAUUGUGCAUUGUAACUCGUAGCUUGCUUUAUUGUUGAGUCAAAAUCAAAUAAUAUGUACGUUCAUGCUUUCAGUAAAUUCAAAUUAAAAGAUUGUUUGAACAUGG